CUUUUUUUGGUGGACUUGGGAUCCUACUCCCCGGAUUUGGCUAAGUCACUUGUGGCUCUUUAUUUGACCCUCUCCAAACUCGGACGGCACUCGGAGGCGCUCCCAUUCAUUGAAGAAGCCGUGAAACUCCGGCGCCAGCUGGUUGCUGUUCACCCAGGAUCAUACACCCCGGAUUUGGCCAUGUCACUCAACAAUCUAUAUUUUGCUCUUUCCAAACUCGGACGGCACUCGGAGGCGCUCCCAUUCAUCGAAGAAAGCAUCAACCUCUACCGCCAGCUGGUCGCUGUUCACCCCGGAUCGUACACCCCGAAUUUGGCUACGUCACUCAACAAUCUAUUUUCUGCUCUUUCCAAUCUCGGACGGCACUCGGAGGCGCUCCCAUUCAUCGAAGAAGCCGUCAACCUCUACCGCCAGCUGGUCGCUGUUCAUCCAGGAUCAUACACCCCGAAUUUGGCCGCAGCACUUGAGAAUCUGAGUGGCGCUCUUUCCAAUCUCGGACGGCACUCGGAGGCGCUCCCAUUCAUCGAAGAAGCCGUGAAACUCCGGCGCCAGCUGGUUGCUGUUCACCCCGGAUCGUACACCCCGAAUUUGGCUACGUCACUCAACAAUCUAUAUUUUGCUCUUUCCAAUCUCGGACGGCACUCGGAGGCGCUCCCAUUCAUCGAAGAAGCCAUGAAACUCCAGCGCCAGCUGGUUGCUGUUCAUCCAGGAUCAUACACCCCGAAUUUGGCUGCGUCACUCAACAAUCUAUAUUUUGCUCUUUCCAAUCUCGGACGGCACUCGGAGGCGCUCCCAUUCAUCGAAGAAAGCGUCAACCUCUACCGCCAGCUGGUUGCUGUUCACCCAGGAUCAUACACCCCGGAUUUGGCCAUGUCACUCAACAAUCUAUAUUUUGCUCUUUCCGAACUCGGACGGCACUCGGAGGCGCUCCCAUUCAUCGAAGAAAGCGUCAACCUCUACCGCCAGCUGGUCGCUGUUCACCCAGGAUCAUACACCCCGGAUUUGGCCAUGUCACUCAACAAUCUGUAUGAUGCUCUUUCCAAUCUUGGACAGCACUCGGAGGCGCUCCCAUUCAUCGAAGAAGCCGUGAAACUCUGGCGCCAGCUGGUUGCUGUUCACCCAGGAUCAUACACCCCGGAUUUGGCUACGUCACUCAACAAUCUAUAUUUUGCUCUUUCCAAUCUCGGACGGCACUCGGAGGCGCUCCCAUUCAUCGAAGAAGGCGUCAAACUCCGGCGCCAGCUGGUUGAAAUCAACCCAGGAGCAUACGCCACACGGUUUGCCAAUUCACUCAGGCAUCUUCGCAACGCUCUUUCCAAUCUCGGACGUGAUUCCGAGGCACAAAUGGUCCACAGUUAAGCUCGUGGCUUCUUUCAUUUCCCCUUGUCAUUGCGUUCCCAACUUUGCUACCUGCUCAUGGUGAACACUAACAAAUCCAACCUCAAUUUUUUUAUUGGACACUUGGAUAAAGUAAUUACAACCGCUACACACCAUGACAGAUCACGGUCGCAACUUAUAAUCUCAAUAUGAAGGAUACUCGUUUCUUUAUCUAACACAUUCUGCUUCCCGUCGCUCAUCACUGAUGUACUGGUCCAUGUUUCUGCAGACCAUCGUAAGCGAUGACGUUGAGGUUUGAUGGGUGAUGAAUGUUGAUGCAACGAAAAGAC